AUGACAACGUUGGGACCCAAUUUGUGGGUAUUCUUUUAUUGCUGGGAUUUGAGACUUAUUUCAUGGCGGGAGGAGAGUGCGGUGAUUUGGGGCGUGGUGCGCUGGUGGUGGGACAGGGGGUCGUGUGGCAGGUUGUUGCGGUGUGCAGAGAGGCUGCUUUGGAUGGGGAGGGUUGUUGAAAGGGAGGAGGGGAUGCUUUGUCGCUAUUGUGGCACCAAGGGAGCUGGAGGGUUCACGUCCGAUGGAACGAACCCUGACGAGUGUGGAAACGGAGAGCAUAGUCGACAGAAACUGGGAAUUGGCUGUGGUUGA